CACAAACAACUACUCCCUCCACUUCCAAGUUUCAUCUACAAAACCAAACCAACUACAAAAGCAGAGAACUUUUGUUUUCCAACUUUUUUUAUCGGAAAAGAAAAGGAAACAUGGCUUGGAAAACAAGUGAUGCGGAGUCUUUGAGAUCCUCUGAUGAGCAGAAACGCAAAAAGAAAAUCAAAUUGGCCAUAUAUAUUACUAUUUUUGUUGUGUUUCAGAUCAUCGUUAUCACCACAAUGAGUCUCACUGUCAUGAAAGUCAAGACCCCCAGGUUCAGGCUAGGCAACAUCAACGUCCAGAACUUCGAAGCUGUCCCUGCAACGCCUUCAUUCGACACCAAAUUCACAACCCAAAUCAAGAUCAAGAACUCAGCCAACUGGGGUUCCUACAAGUUCAAUGCUGCCAAUGUCACGUUUCAAUACCAAGGCCAGACUGUGGCAGUAAUUAAUAUCGCAAAGGGCAAGGCUGGAUGGCUUUCGACCAUAAAAAGAAAUGCGGAGGUGAGUUUGAAUUCAAAUGGAAUAACUGGUUCAAAUCUUGGCAGCGAAUUGAGCAGCGGGGUGUUGACGCUCAACAGCGUAGGAAGAUUGAAUGGAAAAGUUGCAAUUAUGUUCAUCAUGAAGAAGAAGAAGGCUACCAACAUGAACUGCACUUGAUGUGGCAGCCAAGACGCUCAAAUCUUUACAAUGCAAGUGAAGACACAAGCAAAGCAACGAGGGCAGGAGGGUGGAAUAGAAUUGCAUGAUUUCUAUAUCCUCUUCAGGAAUCAAAUUGCGGCUGAACAAGAGUAGUGUUUUAUUUGUUAUUUUAUAGUUUUUGUUUGUGUGACGCUUGAAUUUGUACUUAUUUAAUCUUUUACUAGUGAGCCACUAUUUUUUACUGUUUUUUACCAGGAUUUUAAUGAUAUUCGGAGUCUUCUCAA